AUGUUGCUCUCGCCCGCUCUCCAGCAGUCCGACGAGCUGGACCCCGAGCCCGCCGUCCCGGCCUCUCCGGAGUGGGGUAGCAAGCUACUUUGCAAGUGUCAGAUGGUGUGGACAAGAUCCAACAUGGAGCUGCAUCAAAGAGGCAGGCAGCGCAGAGCCGGCCAGCAGGCCAGAGCACAGGAAAGCCCAGAAGCCGUGGCCAGUACAGUAGCGGUCGGAUUGACCAUUGCUGCUGCAGGAUUUGCAGGCCGUUAUGUGUUGCAAGCUAUGAAGCAUAUGGAGCCAGGUCUUCAAAGUCUCCCGAAAUCGGCCUUCAGUGGCGGCGAACACAGAGGGGGGUUUGAACCCAAAACGACAAAACGAGCAGCAUUAAUACCAGGUGUAAGCCCUACUGCCAACAAAGGAAAAAUAAGAGAUGCACAUCGAGGAAUUAUGCUUUUAAAUCACCCAGACAAGGGAGGAUCUCCUAAUACAGCAGCCAAAAUCAGGGAAGCUAAAGAUUUACUAGAAGGUCAAGCUAAAACAUGA